CCGUAUGCAUGAUAUAAAACUAAAUUCCAUGAUGGAAAAUAUACAUGGGAAGAGGGAAUGGGAGACACAAACACAAAGCAGAACCACAGCCAUACAUUGAAUAUGAGGCUAUCCAUAAUCUCAUCCUUGCUUAUUUCAUUUUCUUCCUGUCAUCUCUCUAAAAUACCCACCACUUACUUAAACUUACUUCCUCUACUCCACACUGCUGAUUGCUUGCUAUAAUUUUAGCCUUAGCAGAAAUUUCUGGUUUCUGUGGAUACAUUAUGGCUUCGGCUACUCUUUCUGUAGCCAAACCGUCCCUUCAGGGAAAUGGAAAAGGGUUCCAAGAAUUCUCAGGCCUCCGCAACUCUCCAGCUUUCCUUCCCUAUGCCAAGAAAACUCCUGAUGACUUCCUCUCACUCGUUGCUUUCCAGACUUCUGCUGUGGGAAGUAGCAAUGGGGGAUACAGGAAAACUGCAGCUGAGGCUAAGAUAAAAGUAGCCAUAAAUGGAUUUGGUAGGAUUGGCAGGAACUUCUUGAGGUGCUGGCAUGGGCGCAAGGAUUCUCCUCUGGAUGUCAUCGCCAUCAACGACACUGGUGGUGUCAAGCAGGCUUCUCAUCUCCUCAAGUACGACUCUACCCUUGGUAUCUUCGAAGCUGAUGUUAAGCCUGCCGAGGAUGGCAUCUCUGUCGAUGGCAAGGUCAUCAAGGUUGUUACCGACCGCAACCCCAUCAACCUUCCCUGGAAGGACUUGGGUAUCGACCUGGUGAUUGAAGGGACCGGAGUUUUCGUGGAUAGAGACGGUGCUGGAAAGCAUAUACAGGCAGGUGCCAAGAAGGUGCUCAUAACAGCCCCUGGCAAGGGUGAUAUCCCAACCUACGUCGUUGGAGUCAAUGCUGAUGCCUACAGUCCUGAUGAACCUAUCAUCAGCAACGCUUCUUGCACUACCAACUGCCUUGCUCCCUUUGUCAAGGUCCUUGACCAGAAGUUUGGCAUCAUCAAGGGCACCAUGACUACCACUCACUCAUACACCGGUGACCAGAGGCUACUGGACGCGAGCCACCGUGACCUCAGAAGGGCACGAGCUGCCGCUUUAAACAUUGUUCCAACUUCAACUGGUGCAGCAAAAGCAGUUGCCCUUGUCCUUCCAACUCUGAAGGGCAAACUGAACGGCAUAGCCCUGCGUGUACCGACACCAAAUGUGUCGGUUGUGGACCUAGUGGUGCAGGUGUCAAAGAAGACCUUUGCAGAAGAGGUAAAUGCUGCAUUCAGAGAAAGUGCUGACAAGGAGCUGAAGGGUAUCCUGUCAGUGUGUGAUGAGCCCCUUGUUUCAGUCGACUUCAGGUGCACAGAUGUUUCAUCAACUGUGGAUUCAUCCCUGACCAUGGUGAUGGGAGAUGAUAUGGUUAAGGUGAUUGCUUGGUAUGAUAACGAAUGGGGUUACUCUCAAAGGGUUGUGGAUUUGGCUGAUAUUGUUGCCAAUAACUGGAAGUAGUAGAAUUCUUGUCAUCUCUCUCCAAUGUAAUUUUCAGAAUUUUGUGUCCUCAUGAUGAUCUUCCUUUCUAGUUGGGUUUUCCCACUUCUAUUUUUGUCAACAAUGUAUAACUAUAUGGUGGAAUUGAACCAUUUUCUCUUUCA